CCUCAAGACCAAGCCAGCCGAUUCAAGAUGGUCAACCUUCGAUCACAAAAGCGCCUCGCCGCCGCUGUCUCGGGCGCCGGCAAGCGAAAAAUCUGGCUUGACCCUGCUGAGCAGGCUGAAAUCGGCAACGCCAACUCGAGAACACACGUGAAGAAACUCAUCAAGGACGGCCGAAUUAUCGUUAAACCCACUGUUAUCCACUCCCGCGCACGCACUCGUGCCAACCUUGCCUCCAAGCGAAAAGGUCGCCACACUGGUACCGGUAAGCGAAAGGGUACCGCCGACGCUCGUUUCCCCGCCAAGGUCCAGUGGAUGCGAAGGCAGCGAGUCCUCAGACGGUUGUUGAGAAAGUAUCGAGAGGCCGGAAAAAUCGAUAAGCACCUCUACCAUGUCCUCUACCAGAAGGCCAAGGGUAACGUCUUCAAGAACAAGCGUGUGCUCAUGGAAUACAUUCACAAGGCUAAGGCCGAGAAGACCCGAACCAAGAUUCUCGCCGACCAAAUGGAGGCUCGUCGUCUCAAGAACAAGGCUAUCCGGGAACGUCGUGCUGCUCGCCUGGCCGAGAAGAGGCAAGGUAUCACUGCUGUCGAGCAGGAGGAUGCCCAGGAGUAAACACAUUCAAUACACACCCUUGGUCUUGUCUUCGCUGUCGAUCCAUGCAUGUUUCCCAUCCCUUGAAUCCCACCACUAUGUACACCAUGGAAUCUUAUGCCCAUCAUGCCCCCUCGCAAAAGUAUGUGGGAUCCAUGUCCAUACUCCUC